AUGUCUUUCCACACGCAAGAUAUGAGAGACUCGCUUAGCGUCGAGCGGGCCCGGAUGGCGAUUGCCAGGCAUCUGGAGUCUGACUGCCCAAUGGGCUACUUGCUCGAGGAAUUCAAUGGCCGAAAGGAGAGCCUGGACUGCCUGACGCAGCUUAUUAGACACCUCCGGUCACAGUUGCUGGACUACGGCGGCAACGCCUACGACGCGGCCGAGGAGGCCUGCAAUCCCAUCCUGCGAUAUGCGUGGCUGAAUUUCUCAGCCGGAGAGGAUUCCAAUGGCGACGAUGGCUACGAUGGCCGCAAUAGCCAAAAAGACGCUGCCGUCGCCGCAAAGAGGCAGGUCUACGCGGCCCUCCAAGAGGUUGGUAUCGGGCGCGAGUCGUGCGACUUUAUCAGCCUCUGCACAAGCGGGCUGAUGAAUAGGACUUUGUGGUCACGGCCGGGCUGGGCCCUGUUCCGUACCGUGAUCGGACGGGACGCAGGUGCCGUUAGGUGGCAUGUGAAGCCUCAGCUGGAUAGGGAGGAGGCCGGCCGCCGAAGCCUGCUCCAUUUCAACUGCGCAGACGGGGACAAUCUGUCCUUGCAGGCCUUUAUAGACUGGCAGCUUGGCGUUCGAACGCUCCAAGACGGCUCGGAGGAGUUCUGGGUGACUGAAGCACCCGGGGUAUUGAGGGUUCUAUACACCCCAAACCCAAGCGUGAAGCUGCCGUUUAGCAGCCUAACCCGCUUCCACGCUCCCCUGCAACAUCCGGAAGCGGCCAUAGAUGGCGUCAGAGCCCUCGGCCUCCCUCACCUGUAUCGGGGGGACAUCGCGUACUUUCUGGUGGCUGUCGUCCGCCUUAUCGCCUCCCAACCGGACCAGCUGCGCAUGUACGCGCCUAAUGCCGGUCCUACGAAGAAUCCAGCCCGCAGCUACUUCAAUCAUGUCUGGCGACUGGGAGACGGCCACCUUGCCCGCACCAGCACCAGCACCAGCAUCAGCUUCAGCAUCAGCAACAGUAUCAGCAUCAGCAUAAGCACCAGCACAAGCAUCAGCAUCAGCAUCAGCAACAGCAAUAGCAUCAGCAGAGGCAAAAUGUCUAACGUGCUCGAUCCCGUUACCAUCAAAGGCGUCUCCUGGCGCCAGUGCAGGCCAGAGGGCCACCCGACCAGGCGAUUCCAGAUAGACCUGGACAUAUACGCGGACAUGUCUGCUUGGCUGGAGAACCGCGAUCGAAGGAGCCAUAUAGAGGCCUUCGUAAUGUACCUGACUGGCAAAUCCCAAAGCCAGGUCGAUAGGAUUCGCAGUUCUGCGGUCCAAGAAAUAUGCGAGGGCCUCGCGGAGACGCAGCGAGUAACAUACUCGCAUGCCAGCUUUGAGCUGCAUGUCGAUGUGGCCUUUUGGACUUUCUGCUUCAUAGAGAGGCCAGAGAGUCGGCGGCCGCUCUGCCCAUUUGUUCACCUGCUAGGCCGGGUGGACAACAAGAUCGGCCCUCGGUCCGAUACAUAUGCUCGGUACCUCGACGAGCAUAUUUCGGAACUCCCUUGGCUGCCGGUUAAGAGGGAGCGGAUCGCUGCUCUGAAGAAGCAGGCCCGAGAAGCCAAGGCCGCGCAACAGGCCAAGGCCGCGCAAGAGGGCAGGGCCGCGCAAGAGGGCAAUGCCGCGCAAGAGGGCAAUGCCGCGCAAGAGGGCAAUGCCGCGCAAGAGGCCGGCGAGGCGCAGGCGGUUGGCGAGACAAGGGCAUCUGCCCUGCCGCCUCCCAAUAAGGGGCGCGACGAUGCGGCCGACGUUGCGCAAGAGGCCAAGGGCAAAGCGCCCAUGUACGCCGAGUCCGGCCUGGCAACAUCGCGAUGGGCGCCCAAGACGCCGUCGCUUGCGGCUCCCGCCGCAUCGGCGGGCGAUUCGACGGCUGGGCCAUCCCCUGCAGGCCCUGCAGGCCCGGCAGGCCCAUCGCGGGCAUCGGGAUUACAUCCCGCCGACAGCACAGAGGUGCUGCCGCCCAAGACGCCCGACCGCGAGACCCGCCAGGCGCUGUGGGAGCAAUUUUACCCUGGCUCGGGUCCGUGGGCAGCGCCGGUCGUCGGGCCGUUUGAGCUCUUGCUGCCGGCCUGCAUCGACGUCGGCCGCUUCGUGCUCGGCGAGCGAGGGGCCAGGCUCACCAGGGCCAACAACGCCCUCGACCCAAACGUGGUCAUUGCCUUGGUAGAGGAGGAGCCUACCCAAGGCGAGGGAGAGAAGCCGGGCAACAAGUUGGUUGUUGGCUUUGCCCAGGGCGGGGGCAUGCCGGUAGAUGCGCGCAACCGGCGCAACCAGGAUGCACUCCACGACGCCUGGAACGGCGUAAGGGACUGGGCCACAGAGGCCUUUAACGUGAGGAUUGAGCCUCUAGAUGACUGGCUCUGCGGCAGGAGCCUCACGCGAAUGGCCCAGGGUCUGGCCAUCUCGCCGAACAACCCCCACGCCCGUCUGCAAAGGGCCUUUGGUUCUUUGGGGGAUAAUGCGGCGAAAGCCGAGAGCCAUAUGCAAAAGCAUAUCAAGGCCCGCGACGAGGCCGCCAAGGAGAUUGAGCAGAUCCUCCGGCAGGGCGCUACAGUCGAGGAUGCCGGUGCGCUUCUCCGCGGAUGGGCUCUUAGGGGCACGAGGACGCUCCAGGAGGCCAACGAUCGCAUCGGCCUCGUCGGCAAGGUAUGGCUGCGUAUAGGCGACGAUGCCCAGAAGGAGGCUAUUGCCACCUGGACCGCCAAGGCAACCGCGGCCGCCCAAGGCCAUUUUCGGUCGUAA